GUGCAUCUCUCUUUCUACUUUCUUUCUUUGUUGGUUGCCUCUCAACCUCUCUCCUUCUCCUUUAUUUUUUCCCAACCAGUGUUUCUCUCGCAGUGACUCUUCAUUAAUCUCUCCUUCUCCUUUCUUUUUGGGUUUUCACACCAAUUUUCUCUCAAUCUUUAAGAGUUUCUCUUGUCACCUGUUCCUUUCUAGUAUCUAUACAAGUGCGUGUUUGGAUCUUGGGACACAAUUUGGUUAUAUUGACAGAUCAAACAUGGAAACAAAGCCUGCCUUCAGUGCAGCUGUUGUUGAAGUUCUUAAACAAGACAAUUAUCUGGAUUGGAAUGUUCGGGUGAAGACAUCUUUGAUGGCUCAAGGUCUUUGGGACAUUGUUGAAUCAAGGAGCGGUUCUCCUACACCAGAAAAUGAAGCUGUCUUUAAGGUUUGGAGCAUGACGAAUGCCAUGGCUUUGCAUGUGAUCCAGAAUUCAUGCGGGCCGGACACAUUUUCUGAUAUUAGGGAGAUUACUUCGGCCAGAAUUGCUUGGGAAACCUUGGCAGGAAAGUACAAACCUAAAGGUCCUGACCCAAGUAGCAGCAUGGCUUCGGUUCCUUUAGAAGAAGACAAUCUUGACUCAAAUACUAAGUCAGGUACUAUCCAGAUUUCAUCUGAUAUUAGGGAGAUUACUUCGAUGGCUUCAGUUCCUUUAGAAGAAGACAAGCUUGACUCAAGUACUAAGCCAGGAGAAAGUAACAAAAAGGGGAACAUUAAUGAUGGCGUCGAGAUUUAUAAGGACUUAAACAAAGCUUUGAAAAUUGGUGAUUGGAAUGCUGCCAAGGAGUUCCUUAAUCGCCAUACGAAUGCAAUUAGUGCAAAAAUCACAGCUAGGGACCAGACCGCUGUUCACGUUGCUGCUGAAGCUGGACAUGUACAUAUAGUUGAGGAGUUGGUGAAAUUAACGUCUGCAGAAAAUUUGGGAAUAAAAGAUAGUAUUGGUUACACGGCUCUGCAUUGGGCAGCUAGUAAUGGAAACUACCGUAUAGCAGAAUGUUUGCUUGGAAAUAACCAGGACUUGACCAGUAUUGCAACUAAGGCGGGAACUAUUCCAGUUGUUAUGGCUCUUUACAAUGGGCAUUUAGAAUUGGGUCGUUAUCUCUAUUUGCUCACUCCAUUGGAAAUUCUAAAGGAAAAUAAUGGCACGAACGGGGCUUCCCUUCUUUGCGUGGCUAUAUAUAGCAAAGCUUUUGAUAUUGCUUUGCAUUUAGUCCAGCUUUGUCCACAUUUGGCUGUUGCUCGAGCCCGAAACGGUAGCUCUCCUUUGCUGGAAUUGGCUUGUAUGCCUGAUUGUUUACAAAGUGGAUAUCAGCUUGUAUUUUGGAAACGAUGGAUCUACUCCGGUAUUCAUAUUCAAUCGGCUUGUCCCAUUGAGGAAAUUCGUUUGAACAUUCAAAAACUAGCGGGAAACCGAUGCAAUGAUAAAGAUACUAGUGCAUCAGGGCUAUCUUCGUUGAGCCGACUAGUUUCAAAUCUCCGAACUCUCUUGGGUAUCAAGCAUCUAUAUGAAAUGAAGUUGGCCCACUUCCGAUCCCAUGAACUCCUGUGUCGCAUGACAGACGCGAUGUCGAUUUCAAAUCAUCAACAAAGGGUAACUGGUAGGGUUUCUGAUGCCAUCCUCCGUGCAACCAAGGAAGGGAAUUUUGAGUUUGUUUUUGAGAUAGUGAAAGCGGAUCCACAACUUGUGUGGAGCAAUGGAAAAAACUCAAGAAACAUUUUUUCGGUUGCUGUCCAACAUCGUCAUGCCAAAAUCUUUAGCCUUAUCUAUGGUCUUGAUUUGAAAAAGUCUUUGGUAGAUUCUAUAGAUUCCAUCUACCGUAAUAACUUAUUACAUAUGGCCAGGAUGUUAGCACCUUCUACUUCACUUAAUGACAUCCCAGGUGCAGCUUUGCAGAUGCAGAGGGAACUACAAUGGUUUAAGGAGGUGGAGAGCAUUGCUCCUUCCAGGGCUCUGGGAUUUUUAAACAAGGAGAAUUUUACUCCCCGAGAAUUGUUUACGAAUAACCACAAGGACAUGAGGAAAGACGGAGAGCAAUGGAUGAAGGACACAGCAACAUCUUGUACUGUGGUGGGUGCUCUCAUUGUUACCAUUAUGUUUGCUGUAAUAUUUACCGUUCCAGGUGGUAAUGACCAAAAUAAUGGCUUCCCAAUUUUUUUACAUAAAAAAUUAUUUAUGGUCUUUAUAGUAGCCGAUGCUCUCUCACUUUUUUCUUCCUCAACUUCAGUCUUGAUGUUUUUGGGCAUCCUCACAUCUCGUUAUGCAGAAGAAGAUUUCCUUGAGUCCUUGCCGAGAAAGAUGAUAAUAGGCCUUUCCACCCUUUUCUUCUCUAUUGCAGCCAUGAUGACAGCCUUUUCUACUGCUCUUUUUCUUAUGCUACAUGAACAAUCUUGGAUUUUCAAACCUGUCAUUUGUUUGGCUAGUAUUCCUAUCACCCUCUUUGUAUUGAUGCAGUUCCCCCUUCUUAUUGACAUGGCCAAAUCAACUUACAGACCUAACAUCUUCGAUAGGAAAAUGAAGCGUUGGUUUUGACAUAUUCAUUAAUUGUGCUAUAUGAUGUAUUGGUGUCCUGUUAAUAAUUGGCAUAUACUAUCCAAACAUGAAGAUUUUUCUUUCUUAUUAUUAUUUUUUUUCUUGGAAGUUUACUACUGUAUGUUCAUCUCCAAUUACAUACUUUGUGA